UGUGUAACAAUGAACGGUUACAGUUGGUUCCUGAUGUUUUUAUUUAUGAAGACAGCAGCUGGUGCAGAUGUUGCACUACAAGCGUGUAGCAAUCUAUUGGUAGCUGAGGAUGACAAAUGCUGCGAUAGUCUUAAAAUCUUCAAAUCACUGGACGAGGCGGAAAAAGAGUGCGCUAAAGAUUCUAAAGAAAUAACUUGCGAUUACUACAAGUGUAUUUUAGAGAAGAAAGGUCUCCUCAAAGGAGAUACUCUAGAUGACGAGGCCACCAAGGUGUUCUUCGCUGCCGUUGCUGAUGAGUAUCCCGAAGAGAAGGGUGUUGUUAAGAAAAUGGAGGAGAACUGCUACAACGGAAAGAACAAGGACUUCGACCUUUUGGAUGCAAAUUGUCCAAUACUAAACUUCUACAUUUGCGCCUACAUUAAUGCGCUUUUGGAAUGCACAUCAUGGAAAAGUAUGACACAGUGUCAAAAGAUUUCUGAAGACGCAAAAACAUGCAAGGUCGCACUCUCACAGUAUGGAAUAAAAUAAAGCA